AUGCCCGCGUCCUCCUCCUCCUCAGUCCCCCCUUGCAAGCUCGCUCGCUGCCAAACUGCCACGGGCUGCCAUCCGCCACACUCCCUUCGCCUCCCACGCUCCUCUCAACCCCUCCCAUGCCGUUCUGCUUUUGGCUCGUUUGCUUCCAUGCUCUCCUGCACCUUCCCAUGCGUCUUGCUUGCUCCAGAUCUUGUUGCAUGCCUCCGUUUCCCCUGUUCCUCCAACCUCACCCCUCUGUGGCUGCAGAGGCAGCAGCAGCAGCAACCAGGAGCUCACUGGUCUUCUCUCCUCUUUUCCUGCCUGCAUCCCUCUACCAGCGCAUCUACUGGGCGGCAGCGGCAGGGAGCAGGGAGGAGCAGUGGGAGCAGCGUGGUGAGCGGGAGAGGCGAGCAGUGGGAUGACGCACGGCCUGGGCUGGCCUUGCUGACCACUGCUGCCGAUCUGCUGGACUACUGCUGGGAGGGCGCCCUGCUGACCACUGCUGCCUCCUAG